UCUUCUCUUUUCUCGUUCCUCUCUGCGCGUCUCUUCCAUCACUUUUAUGCAUGCAUGCAUGUAUCAUAUUAUCGUGGUGAGGUGAUGAAGACGCGAGGGAAGGGCAAAAUCUUUAAGUGUUUGAGGCCGGCAACUAACGACGAUGGCUACUUUAAACACUCGGCAUCCUGCGAUAGUUUCGACUUAUCUGAGUAUUCAUCACCCGUAUCGGAACAUAGAGGAGGACGCGGCGGUGAUGGUGCCAUCGCCGCCGGAGAUCCGAAGAUUUUGAGAAAUUUGUCUAUGAGAAAGCCGGCGGCAUAUGCAGAUCAGUCCUCGGACGUCGACGCUUCGGCGCCGCCUGAUGAUCCUAACGUUGGGAAACGGAAAUUCCGAGGAAAGUUCCGUCGCGUUCUCAAGGCCGUGUUUUUUGAAGCGUCCUUGGUAAGAAAACUUCGAAAGACAGAUGCCUUGAUGGGCCCGUUUAGAUCUCGAUCGACCAAUAAUCUAUCAUCAUCAUCAUCUCGAUCGACCAAUAAUCUAUCGUCAUCAAAAUCGCAGAGGAUUUCGAUUAGUGAAAGUUUUUCGUCGAGGGAACUUGCAGAAUCAUCAGAUAAAUUUUCUAGGAUAUAUUCAGAUAGUUGUUCAUCACGGUUAUCGACGUCGUCUUUGAUGACCGCAAGAGAGUUCUCAUCGUCGCCGUGUUCAUCGAGUGUUCCGUGCUGUUCUCCGGCGUGUUGUUUGGACCGGAACAGAUCCAUUUCGUCGUCGUCAAGGACGAAGCAGAAGCAGAAGCUUGAGCGCGGGCGUUAUUGUUGGAAAGUGGGAUGGUGUUGUUUAAUUCUUUGUUUAUUAGCUUUGAUGUUUUGGGGUAAAACGCUGGCGAUUGUUUUCAUGUCUGCAUGGCUUUACUUUGCCCCUCUUUGUUUCAAAUCCGCCAUUGAUCCGCCGCCGUUGUUUGAGCCCAGUGAAUGCAUGAUCACGAGCAGGAGCCGACCUCGUCAUGCCAGAAGACACAGUACUAGUGAAUUUUGAUCAUAACCGCCUCGAUCGAUCGGAUAUUGCAGUUUUUUUUUCCUGUUUUUUUUUGCCGGAGCAUAGGGGACGCCAUUGCCUAAUUGGAAACUAUUUCUUUUUUUUUUUUUUUUUGGAAAUUUUAGUUUAUAAUUUGGAAAUUGUACAUCUUCAAUUAAUCAAUAUUGGGGUA